AUGGGGCAGCGCAUCAGCGCGGAGACGAAGGCGAUGCGCAUGCCGGACGUGCGCGUUGAGGGCCCUCCCCGACUCCUCUACGACAGCGUGCGCGGCGGGCCGCACCGCCCCUUCGUCUCCGGCGGAGGCGAGAACGGGUGCAACGCCUCCAUCGUACACGUUGUGUACGAGUCGCGCCAGAUGUACCCGGCGUACGUGAUCGAGGUGCGGGCGAUGGGCGUGGCGGCGGUGGCGGCGGCGCUGCGGGCACACGGGUCGGUCAGUCGCGUCGCGCUUGCGGCUUGCGAGCGGUUGGUUAAUCUGUGCGGUGAGGUGCAGAACAGGCAAGCUGCGGUGGACGCGGGCGGCAUCGAGGCGAUCGUAGCGGCGCUGCAGGCGCACCCGCAGGUGGCGGACGUGCAGCAGAAUGGCUGCCGGGCGAUGGCCUUCGUAUGCGCCGGCACCGACGCCGCCGGAAUCGCACGCAAGCGCGCAGCAGACGUGGGCGGCAUCGAGGCGAUCGUGGCGGCGCUGCAGGCGCACCCGCAGGUGGCGGGUGUGCAGGGGAAUGGCUGCUGCGCGCUGGGCAACGUGUGCGUCGGCACCGACGCCACAGGAAUCGCACGCAUCCAGCGCGCAGCAGACGCGGGCGGCAUCGAGGUGGUUGUGGCGUCGCUGCAGGCUCACUCGCAGGAUGCGGGCGUGCAGCAGUCUGGCUGCCGGGCGCUGUUCAACGUGUGCAACGGCAGCGACGCCGCAGCGCGGGCGCGGAGGCAGCGAGCUGUGACUGCGGGCGCGACCGAGGCGGCGGUAGGGGCUAUGCAGGCGCACCCGGGCGAUGCAGCUGUCCAGAGGCACGGACAGCGUUUGCGUGAUCUUCUUGCCUGA